AUGACAAAGGACACUGAUUACGGGAUUAUCAUUCUCCAUGACCCAUCAACUACCGACGAGAAAAACCGGGUUCAUAAGACCGUUUUCGAUUUGGUCGCGAUCCAUGGCCUCAACGGGGACCCUAUCAACACAUGGACCCACUCUGAAACUGAAGUAAUGUGGUUAAGAGAUCUUCUACCUGCAGCGAUUCCAGAUAUUCGUAUUAUGACUUUCGGAUACAAUGCUCGUUUCAAGAAUUUCACCGCGCAGCAAGAUCUACGAAGCAUAUCAUCGAAGUUGCUCGCAGAGCUAGUAGAUCUACGGACAACAGAAGAUGAGCAAGAGCAGGUCCAACAAGCCGUAUACGGGAUCUUAUUCCUUGGCACCCCUCAUAACGGCAGCAGCCUCGCAGCCAUGGGCAAGGUCCUGGCAAAUAUUGUCUCGGCAUUUUCGCCAAUCAGGACUCCCCGUGCGCUUAUAGGGACGCUGCAGAAGGACUCAGAGGUCCUGUUAGAAAUUACUGAAGACUUCCUCAAGAGGAGGAGGAAAGUUCAACUUGUAUCCUUCUAUGAGCUCGAGUUCACCUCCAUCGGCCCCUUUUUAAGAAGACUGAUCGUCGACCAGCGCUCUGCGAUUCUAAAUGUUCCCCAUGAGAUCGCCGUCCCCCAGUUCGCCGACCACAGGAAUAUCGCAAGAUUCAGAUCUUCGCAGGAUCGGUCAUUUCGACCCGUGGUUUCUCGGUUGAAAGACUUUGCCCAGACCCUACGCAGCGGCUAUCCGGGUGAAAUGCGACCUUUCAUGGACCAAAACAAUGAGUCUUCUAUUCCAUUCGACCUAAGAACGCAGCCAUGCUCGUUUUUCCGUGGAAGAGAUGAUGUAUUUGGCAUGCUGAAUACGUACUUCCACGAAGACCAGAAGAAGGCUCAAGGCAGACGGACAUUCGCAAUAUGCGGUCUUGGGGGCGCGGGGAAAACACAGACAGCUUUGCACUAUGCCGUCCAAAAUUUGUCAAAAUACCCGUCAGGGAUUGCCUUUAUAAACGCAACAUCAGUGAUCUCGCUUUCGGCAGACUUUGACCGCUUACAUGAGCUUCUUAGGCUUGGAGAUUCUAAGGACAAGAUUGGCGCCGUUAAAGGCUGGCUAUCUCGGCCUGAAAACAAUAAGUGGCUUCUGGUGUUCGAUAAUGCAGACGAUCUGGACAACGUACCACUUCAUAAGUUUUACCCGGCCGUGAACUGGGGCCACAUUAUUAUCACCAGUCGUGACCAGGCGGUGAUUGGCAGCAUAGCCGAGAACGGCCACGUCCUAAGUCCCCUGACGGAAAAUGAUGCGGUGCAACUACUACUCGAAAAGUCAGGGAUCCAGAACCCUACCGAAGGGGAUGUUGAAGACGCAAGGACCGUCACAGUCCUCCUCGGGUCUCUUCCUCUCGCCUUAGUACAGGCCGGGGCAUUCGUCCGCUCAAGGCACAGAAGCCUUCGGGAAUACUGUAGGUUGUAUACAACUCGGCGAGAUUAUUUGCUUGGCUUUGCUUCACGUCUUGGAGACUCUGAAAAGGCAGUAUUAACAACCUGGGAAAUCAAUUUUAAGCAAGUGGAGCGAGAGUCCUCAGGAGCCGCCUCACUUCUUCUUCUGUUCUCGUUUCUGGAACCGUCUUCGAUUCCGGAAAUGCUUCUACAUCGAGGCUCCUCUCCCCAAAGAAGAUGGGGUGAGGAUGGUGAGAUGACUGAGGUGGAUGCGGAAAUGGAAGGGGUGGAGAGACAAUUGAUCCAGGUCAUCCAAGGAGAUUUUGAGUUUGAUACGGCCGUGGAGAAGCUGCUUUCUUUCUCACUGAUUUCCUGCAAUAAAGAAUCUGAAGGGCUUAGGAGCUUUUCCAUUCAUCCGCUUGUCCAGUACUGUGCUGUAAAGCGGUUGUCGUCGUCCGAUGUGAGGAAAUGGCGAUGGCAAGCUCUCCUGCUCGUUUGUCAUGCCUUCCCGAGGAAUCGCUUCCUUGAGCAGCAAAAUGGAGAGUUUGGAAGGAAGUUGUUACCCCACCUGAGCCGAACCCUUUCUGAAUAUGAUGCAAUGAGUCUCGAGUACGGCGACCAUGCCUCCUUCCGGCACGAACUUGCAUCGACUCUUCUCGCCGCUUCGCGGUUUUCGGAUGCAAAGUGGAAGGUCGAGGCAAUUGACCGUACCAAAAAGCUCCUCGAAGGUGACAAUGAUCGGUUCCUAAGUGCCUGGCUCGCAUUUAGGGAGAGCUCGGUAAUGAGAAUGUCAGGAAAAUUAAAGGAGUCGGAGAGCGCCCUGCAUAGGUUCUUGCACGACGCGGCUGCACCCCAAGAGAGAGAGUUGGAAUUGAGUCGGAGAUAUAACGCCCAACGUGGGGAGCUUAUCAUUUCAUUCGCGGAGAAUCUAAUCCGCCAACAGAAGCUCGUCGAAGCGAAAGCGGAGUUGACAGAGUGGCAGCCGCUGGACGAUGUCCCUUCCUCUCUUGAAAAAAUCACAUCAAGAGCCCGAGACAUAACUCUGGGCAAGAUCCUUCGACUCCAGGGCCUCUUCCAUGAAGCCUUAACUCUACUUGAUGGUAUCCUUCAAAGCUGCCUCCUCGAUGAGUACUUUGAGGGAACCGGCUGGUACCGGGUACUCCUUUCGGAAGUGGCAGACCUACGUUGCGAGCUGGGCCAGCCGCUUGAGGCAGAAAAGCUCCUGCUUCAUGAGUUAACUCCGAUGAGAGAGAAGGGCACUCAGGACAUCGCCACGGGCCGACGACUAAGAAUGUCGCUGGCAGAGACUUACCUGGAACGGAAUAUGUUUGUACAGGCCGAAGAGCUUCUGCUUGAGCUUCAACGCGCUUUUUCAUCUACUAAUGAACCGGACUAUAAUGCUCAAUUCUACGUUUUCCGCCUCUGGAUUUCACUGGCAAGGAAUUCUCAUAAGCAGUUUGAGUGGGAGCAAGCGAUUUCACGCUGGAGAAACGCUUUAUCAGCCUUGCGGCGCCUGGGCCAGGAUAAGAGUUUCAAUGCCGGUCUCGUGCGUUGCUCUGUCGCUCAUGCACUUUUAAUGACCGGGCGUGAGACAGAUGGCGCGCAUUUACUGCAAGAGGCGAGAUCAGAUAUGGAAUCAGAGGCUCGCAUAUAUUGGAUUCCCAUUUUCAAUUCCCAUUGGCACGACUACAUUACCAAAGCCACGCAAGGUCUCUGA